GGAGCGCUCCCCCGCCGGGACCCUACUCUCACAUCCUCCCUGCUGGGACACGGGGCUACAGUUCCAGCCAAGCCUGCGCUUUAUUAUGUGUGUGUGCGCCGCAGCCCCGCCAGCAUUCGGAUCGGGAGGCGGAGGGAAGACCAGAGUCAGGACAAAGAAGAAAAGGGAGAGAGCAAGACGGCUUUAGCGCUCAACGCUUACGGCUCUUUACGGAGGCAGUUUUUAAAAGAAAAGAAGGAAAACAUUUUUUUUUCAGGUGAGAGGAAGAAAAUGCUGCCUUUAGAGAUGCCUUCCUAAAAUAAACAGCGCGAGUGUUCGGAUCGGAGCGUAUUAAACCUCCAGCGGACCACGCGGUGACUGGAACGGACACCAAAUCACAAAUUGCUGGUUAUUUUGUGCCAGGUUGGUGCAUCAGUAAGACGCGUUGGCACCUUUUUACCCGGCUUCUUUAUUUACUAAUCCUGUAAUAACUCCGGCUGCUCAUUUUAAACUCGCCGGCUGUUACGAAAGGAAAAAAACGGCGCACAGUGAGCAAUCUACAGGUUGAAAUCAGGCGCGCAAAGUUGCAAAAGCGCACGACUAUCUCCUCGCCAUUGCUCUCUACCCUCUCCUGCGACUGGCACACACAGCCUAACCAAGUUGCCGCAUUGCAACAGGCAAAUCGAGUGGAAGAAAAGUCCCAGCUCGUAGCCUAUGACUGUUUGCGAGAAAAAGGACAAGAAGGUGAUCGAAGCAGCACACCGACGCAGAGAUGUCCAGGCGCAAGCAGGCCAAGCCGCGCUCCGUUAAAGCAGUGGAAGAGGCAGAUUCGGCUGAAAGUGCGGGAAAUUGGGACUCCACAACUCCGGCAGCAGCCGUGCCUGAGAAGGAGUCUGACAGUAAGGACAAGGCCGGAGGGGAGGACGGUGAGCAGAGUGUGACCAGCCAUGACGACAGAGUAGGAGAGGAGGAUCUGGACGAUGAGUCCAUCUUCACCUGUGACAACUGUCAACAAGACUUCGAUUGUCUGGCUGACCUGACAGAGCACCGCACCAACCACUGCCCUGCAGAUGGUGACGAUGACCCCGGGCUCUCCUGGGUGGCAUCCUCUCCCUCCAGCAAAGACGUGGCAUCACCAUCGCAGAUGCUAGGGGACGGCUGCUGUGAUCUGGGCACAGGGGAGGAGGAAGGAGGCUCCGGCCUUCCUUACCCGUGCCAGUUUUGCGACAAGUCCUUUAGCCGCCUCAGCUACCUGAAGCGCCACGAACAGAUUCACAGCGACAAGCUGCCUUUCAAGUGCACCUUCUGCAGUCGGCUGUUCAAGCACAAGCGCAGCCGGGACCGUCACGUCAAGCUGCACACCGGUGACAAGAAGUACAGCUGCCAGGAGUGCGAGGCUGCCUUCUCGCGCAGCGAUCACCUCAAAAUACACCUGAAGACGCACAGCUCCAGCAAGCCCUUCAAGUGCAGCAUUUGCAAACGUGGCUUUUCGUCGACCUCUUCGCUGCAGAGUCACAUGCAGGCCCACAGGAAAAACAAGGAACACGUGGCGAAAAAAGACCACGGCAAGCAUGACGGUUCCACAGGUGAUGUGGCGGAACAAGAGCAGGACCUGUACAUGUGUGAUUACUGUGAGGAGACAUUCAGUCAGACGGACGAGUUAGAGAAGCACGUGCUGACGCGCCAUCCCCAGCUUUCGGAUCGCGCCGAACUACAGUGCAUUCACUGUCCGGAGAUUUUCAGCGACGAAGGAACCCUCCUCACCCACAUUGACAGAACGCACGCCAACAAGAAACAUAAGUGCCCCAUGUGCGCAGAGCAGUUCACAUCCGUAGAGGAGGUCUACUGCCACCUUGAUAGUCACCGUCAGCCUGACUCCAGCAACCACAGUGCCAGUCCUGAUCCAGUAUUGGGAAGCGUGGCAUCCAUGAGCAGUGCCACUCCUGACUCCAGUGCCUCACUUGAGAGAGGAUCCACCCCAGAUUCUACUCUCAAGCCGGCACAGGGAAGACGCAAAUUAGUCCAGGGCUCAGACCACGAUGACGGAGGCUGGUCAGUAAAGGUAACCUACAGUUGCCCUUAUUGCUCCAAGAGAGAUUUCAACAGCCUGGCAGUUCUGGAGAUACACCUGAAGACAAUUCAUGCAGACAAACCUCAGCAAAGUCAUACCUGUCAACUGUGUCUGGAGACCCUCCCGACUCUGUACAAUCUGAAUGAGCAUGUGCGAAAAGCUCAUCGAUCCAGUGGGGGCUCCGCAUCCAACUUUCCUCUUCUGCAGUUUAGUAACGUGUCUGCCUUUCACUGCAACUACUGCCCGGACAUGUUCGCAGACAUCAACAGCCUGCAGGAGCACAUCCGUGUUUCUCACUGCUUGCCCAGUAGUGUAGUAGCUGGCUCCACCACUCUAGAGGGCAACCAUGCUUUCUUUUGUAAUCAAUGCUCUAUGGGUUUCCUUACAGAGUCCUCCCUUACGGAACACAUCCAGCAAACUCACUGCAACAGCGGGAGCGGCGUUGCCAAGAUGGAAUCCCCCGUACUGCAGCCCUCACAGUCCUUUAUGGAAGUGUAUUCCUGUCCUUAUUGCACCAAUUCUCCCAUCUUUGGCUCCCUUCUUAAACUCACCAAACAUAUCAAAGAGAACCACAAGAACAUCCCACUAGCCAACAACAAGCGCAAAGUUCGAGUGGCAGACUUGAGUCCCGCUUCUUCUGAUGUGGAAAUAUCAUCCCCUAAACGUCACAGGAUCACCAAUGACACCACCACGGCAAGCGCUAACGGGGACUACCCCUGCAACCAGUGUGACCUUCGCUUUACCAGUUUUGAGAGCUUUCAGGUGCAUCUUAAGUCCCACCUGGAACUCCUACUGAGAAGACAGUCCUGCCCUCAGUGCAACAAAGAAGACUUCGACUCUCAAGAGUCCCUGCUGCAGCACUUGACCAUCCACUACACCACCACCUCCACACAGUAUGUCUGCGAGAGCUGCGAUAAACAGUUUUCUUCUGUGGAUGACCUGCAGAAGCACUUGCUGGAUAUGCACACUUUUGUGCUCUACCACUGCACAUUGUGCCAAGAGGUCUUUGACUCCAAGGUCUCUAUCCAAGUCCAUCUGGCUGUCAAACACAGCAACGAAAAGAAAAUGUACCGCUGCACUGCAUGCGCGUGGGACUUCCGCAAGGAAAGCGAACUUACGAUGCAUGUGAAGCACAGUCACCUGAGUCAACCCACCUUACCUGGGGUUACCAGCAAAGCUCGCAAGUGCAUAUUCUGUGGGGAGAGUUUUGGGACGGAGGUGGAGCUACAGUGCCAUAUCACCACCCAUAGUAAAAAAUUUAACUGCCGCAUUUGCGGAAAGGCCUUCCAUGCCAUCGCCCUGCUUGAGAAACAUCUUCGAGAGAAGCAUUGUAUGUUUGAUGGAGGAAACGGCAACGGAAACGGAGGAAGUCAGAAUGGGACUCCGAAUGGAGUGAGUCAAAGCUCUAAACGAGGAGGAGGUUCAACUGUGGCUGUCGAACAGGCCGACUUGCAGAACAUGCUUUUGAAGGCAGGAGCCCAGGACACUGCCAACAGCCAUGAAGCCAGCGGAGGAGAGGAAGAACUGGAUGCUUCCGAGCCGAUGUACGCUUGUGACAUCUGUGGUGCGGCAUACACCAUGGAGUCCCUGCUCCAAAAUCACAGGUUGCGCGAUCAUAACAUAAGACCUGGUGAUGAUGACGCAGGAAUGCGCAAAAAGAAAGCUGAUUUCAUCAAGGGCAAUCACAAGUGCAAUGUUUGCUCAAGAACCUUCUUCUCAGAAAACGGCCUGAGGGAACACGCCCAAACUCACCGUGGUCCAGCCAAGCACUACAUGUGCCCCAUCUGCGGAGAGCGCUUCCCCUCUCUGCUUACACUUACAGAGCACAAGGUCACUCACAGCAAGAGCCUUGAUACAGGCACCUGCCGCAUCUGCAAAAUGCCCCUCCAGAGUGAAGAAGAUUUUAUUGAACACUGCCAGAUGCAUCCGGACCUGAGAAACUCCCUCACAGGCUUCCGCUGCGUGGUCUGCAUGCAGACCGUCACUUCCACCUUGGAGCUUAAGAUCCAUGGCACUUUCCACAUGCAGAAGCUCUCCUCUUCAGGGGGAAGUGGUGGCGGAGGAGGUUCCGCCUCAUCGUCUCCCAACGGCCAGUUGCCUGCUCACAAGCUCUACAAGUGUGCUCUCUGUCUAAAAGAGUUCAAAAACAAGCAGGAGCUGGUUAAGCUGGAUGUCAACGGCCUGCCCUUUGGGCUGUGUGCUGGCUGCAUGAGCCGAGGCACUAACGGUCAGUCGCCCAGUGGGGUCGUGACUCCUCAGGAGCCAGUGGAUAAGGGGGCUUCUGGACUACGCUGCCCAGAGUGUGCGGUCAAGUUCGAGACUUUGGAGGAUUUGGAAAACCACGUUCAGGUAGACCAUCCUGAAAGGAGCCCGGAGACAAGUGCGGCUAAGAAAGUGACUGAUGCAUCACCUGUCCCUAAGAAGAAAACAUAUCAAUGCAUCAAAUGCCAAAUGACCUUCGAGACCGAACGUGAAAUCCAGAUCCACGUUGCCAAUCACAUGAUCGGAGAGCCCGCCCAGCUGCCAUCAGAGGAAGGCAUCAAUCACGAGUGCAAGCUGUGUAACCAGAUGUUUGACUCUCCGGCCAAGCUCCUAUGCCACCUGAUCGAGCACAGUUUCGAGGGCAUGGGCGGCACCUUCAAGUGCCCCGUCUGCUUCACAGUGUUUGUCCAGGCCAAUAAGCUUCAGCAACACAUCUUUGCCGUGCACGGACAGGAGGACAAGAUCUACGAUUGCUCCCAGUGUCCGCAGAAGUUCUUCUUCCAGACUGAGCUCCAGAACCACACACUGAGCCAGCACGCGCAGUGAGCCCGAGCCCCGCAGGACUCCUGGUUCAGCCCGGAACCCCAACCCAGGCCCGGUGGGGGACGCCCAUUUCAACAUCACAGCCAAUCAAAGUGUCAUUUGCUACUCACAUGUAAAACUCUAACGAUUCUGCCACCAGGCGCAGCUAUUACGAACGGUGGGGAACGAAUAUUAAUGGGAUAUGCUAUUAAAAAAAGAAAAGGAGCGGGGGGAAGGAGAUGAAGAAGAGAAAAAGGUAUUCUACGUGCAGUAUUUUUUAUUAUCCUCGCGUCCCGAUUGUGUCCUUUUUCUGAUUUUUUUUUUCUCUUUUUAUUUGGAACAAAAGAAAACAUGGGAAAAAAUAAACACCCUGCGUCUUUUCUCUAGUCUCUAGAAAACACCCGUCCUCUGUUGCUUAUUAUAUGCAAUUUCAUAGGUGUUGUUUGUUUACUUUCUUUAAUGCGUUUCAUUUUCCCCUUUUAUUUGCCGUACCUUUUUAUUUCUCGCAGUAAAUAGGUACUUGUGCCGUGUUGUGAAUGCUUGCCAGUCGUAAUCUGUUUUAUUUUUUCCUUUCUAUUAUUGUUAUAUAUUUUCUUUUUUUCUAAUUACAGUAAAAAGACAAAAAACAGUAAAUAAAUCGACAAAAACAUAAUGGUUUUGAUGGAAUUUUGCAGUUCAUGGGCCUUAUGGAUGUUGUAAAAAUAAAUAUCAUUGAUUUCAGUUCAACUGGAUGAUGUCUGCUUUUUAAAUGUGAAUUAACCAGAUUGCAAUAAAAACUAGUACAGUUGAAAAUAAACAAAUAAAUGAAUCAUGA